AUGGGUUCCAACAACUAAAAAUAAAAUCAACUUCUCAAUAACUACAAGUUUAUCGUAAAUAAAAUUGAUCCUGCCUAUGGAGAUAUCGUUGUCUACUAGUCUAAUAGGGAUCCCUCAGAACUUAUGGCAGUUAUUAAAUUGCAAUCUAAUAAACCUGAACUUUUAUGCUAAUAGAUAAAGUAAUCUUGAAAUUAAAUCCGUAGUCAAAGACUUAAGCACCCCAAUAUAACAUAAAUUUAUGAUUGCUCCUAAUCAAGUGUAAAAGAUUUUUGCGGAACUCUAAAUAUUGUUCAUAUCGGUAUUCAAUACAUACAGAAAAACCUCUUAAAGGAUAUGGAGAUUAGAAGGAAAUUAAGGACAACGUAAUAUAAAUGCAUAAAUUUAGUUAUUUUGAAGGAGAAUUAUGGUAUCUAAUCAAAACUGUUUGUGAAACAUUGAUUGAUUUAUAAAAUAAUAAAUAGAAGUAUAUAGAUUUACACCCAUAAAAUAUACGCAUAACAGAUGGUGGAGAUAUAAAAUUAUUAGAAUUGAGUUGUACUCCAUAAAAUAUAUCAUCAUUUAGAAAAGUGAAAUUAGGUCUGAGGGAAUUGGAAUAUUUGUCAUCAGAAGAAUUACAAGAAUUGAAGGAUUCUCAAAACAAAGUAAAUUAUUAAGUAUGAUCUAGUAUAAUCUUGAUUUAGAGAAGAUAAAUAUUUUUGUAUUAGGAAUUAUUUGUGUGGUAUGUGUAUCUGGUUUAGAAGUUAAAUAAUUUUAUGAUGUUGAGAAAUGCAUUUUCUAAUAUGGAUUGGCUAUAACCAAAUUAAGAUAAUAUAUUUAAAAGUAAUUCAUACAAUGAUAUAUCUAGAUAUAACUAUUCCUAGGCUUUUGAAUAGAUUGUCAUUUAAUUCCUUUCAUAUAGUCCUUUUCAAAGACCCACUUAUGCUUAGGUGUUAAACAUGAUAAAUACUUUUGAAAGUACUACUAUUGCUGAUCACUUUUAUGUUAAGUGUUCACAAUAGCCAGUGUUAUUGGAUACUAUAAAUACAAUCUCAAAAUCAGAUUAAAAAACUGAAAGGAGUCCAGAUUUAAAUAGUCAAAAAGCAAAACCUUUUAAUUCCAAUUCCAACUCCACUCCUUAAACAAUAAAAGUAGCUAAUCUUGUUAGAACUAAACCUAUCGUUUAAUAAUUCUCUCUCACUCCUGAACCAAGACCUCAUAUUAAUCGACCUUAAUCAUCUUCACGUUAGAAUUCUUAAAGAGCUUAAUCAAGCUAAAGACCUGAACCAACUCAAAAACCUUAAUUACCUAAUUACAGCUACUAUGAUCCUUACAUAGAUUCGGCUCUAAAAAAGAGUAAGGAUUUAUUAGUAUAUCAUAACCAAAAUUCUAAUUAUAGUAGAUAGUCAAGAACUAAUUCUGUUUCUGUAAACAAAUACACGCCAAUAAUGGCAAGCUUGAAUAUUCAAAAUGAUGAUUAUGCAUAGAAUUAUCAUAAUGUAUAACUGCUUAUUAAAUAAGUUAAUAUUGAAGAAGGUAAGCAAAAAUAAUUUUCAAAAAGUUUUACUAAAUAAUGA